AUGUCAUCGCCGGUUCAAGCCCAAUUUCUUCCAUUCGUUGAGACAAAUUCUUUGCUGCGCAGAUGUGUCGAUACUACGGGAAUGAACACAUGCGAAAAGCCUGUAGCAAACUGGAUGAAAUGGGCGGUUGUUGCAUCUAUCACGGGCCUAUUCUUAGCCAGCAUCGUGCUGGUAUUAAUAUGGCUGUACUGCAGGCAGAAACGACGCAACCGAGAUGAAAACGCAUACGCAGAUAACGAUUCCAUUAACGACUACAUGUUAGAUGAGUUGGAACCUACUAAACCUACUCGAACGGGAUUGCGGAGGCAGGCUCUGAUCCGACUGGGAAUCCGGAAAAACACGCCGUAG